AUGUUGAUCAACGCUUACGAGAUGCGUUUGGUCCGAGAGACGGCCACCGCAUAUUCUAUGACGUUUACAAUGCCCAAUUUUCCAGCGCUGAGAUACAUCCACCUCAACAAAAUCACAGGAGUCGUGACGAUUCGAACCAACAACUUUUUCUUUACGUGUUUACUCAGUGGCAACCAAAUUAGAGGAGGUUCGUUCAGAUGGGUUGACCAAGGAGACGAAUCAAUUCCCAUGCUACCACCGCCGGACUUAUAA